AUGCCUCCCCCCACCGCCUCCCUCAACCCCAAGGCGCCCCACCCCAAGACGGGCGGCAACGACCGGGCUGAGGACCACGUCGGCGGAAAGCCCGACCAGAAGAAGUACAACGAUGAGCAGGACGCCCUCACCAAGGAGAUCGCUCAGGUCAAGACCAAGCUUGACGCUGUCCGCUCCCGUAUCGACCUCAGCCGGGCGCCCAAGUCGGACGACCGCCGGUCGCAGCUCAAGGCUGAGAUGGACGGCCUUCGCGGCGAGCAGGGCAAGUUCAAGGACGAGCGGAACAAGCUGUUCACGGAGAUGCGCAAGCUGCAGGACAAUCUGAACAAGAAGAUCAAGGACGUCAACGCCCAGCGCCAGAAGACCGGCUUCAAGAACGCCUCCGAGCUCGAGUCACAGGUUGAGUCUGGCUCGAUGAAGCUUGUCGACGAGAAGCGGGCGCUCCAGGAGAUCUCCCAGCUCCGCCGUGCCCAGAAGACGAUGGAGAACUCUGCGUCGUCGGACGAGGCUAUCGCUGCCGACAAGGCGCGAAUCGACGAGCUCAAGGCUAAGCUCGAUGACCCCGAGGCGAAGAAGGUCAGCGACCGCUUCGACUCGCUCAAGAAGGAGAUGGACGCGCUUCGUGCCGAGGGCGACAAGGCGUACCAGGAGCGUAACAAGCUGUUUGACGAGCGCCGCGCCCUCGAGAAGCAGAUGGACGAGCUCUACGGCAAGAAGCGCGCCUCGGCUCAGGCGUACAACGAGGCCAAGGACGCCUACUACGCCAAGGUGCAGGCUAUCCGACAGGCGCGCCAGGAGAAGUUCAAGGCGGAGAAACAGAGGUUGCAGUGGUCCAUCGGCUUCAUCGAGUCCUGCCCUAUGCGCCGGGCCUGGUUCUGCUUCCGCAGCAGCGAGCGCUCAUAG